GUGAGACUAGAUGCUGAAAUCUGGAGCAACAAACAAUACGCUAAAUGUUUCAUUUUAAAAAGUGUAAUUAUUGACACGCUUGUUAACAGUAUAAUAAUAAGACAUAGAAGGAGAAUUUGGCCACUUGGCCUAUCAAGUCUGCUCCAUCAUUUCACCGCGGCCGAUCCAUUUUACCUCUUAGCUCCAAUCUGCUGCCUUCUCCCCGUAUCCCUUCAUGUUCUGACCAAUCAAGAAUUUAUCAACUUCUGCCAUAAAUAUACAUACAGACUUGGCCUCCACAGCUGCAAACAAUUCCACAGAUUCAUUACUCUGGCUAAAAGAAUUCCUCCUAAUCUCCGUUUUAAAAGGACACCCCUCUAUUCUGAGACUGUGUCCUCCAAUCUUAGACUCUCCUAUCAAAGGAAACAUCCUCUCCAUAUCCACUCGAUCAAGGCAUUGAUAGGUUGCAACGAAGUCACCCCUCAUUCUUCUGAAUUCCAGUGAAUACAGACCCAGAGCCAUCAAACGCUCUUCAUAAGACUAGCCUUUCAAUCCUGGAAUCAUUUUCGUGAAGCGCCUUUGAAUCUUCUCCAAUUUCAGCAAACUUAAAUCCACGCUGGCUCCAACGGAACAAACUUAACCACAAGCGUAUUCUUUCUCACACAUGUCCGUCAAUUCUAUCGUGAUGCUUUUUGUCACGGAGGACGGUGAAGUGGUCGAAUGAACAAGCAGCAAAUCUUUAGGAUUAUGAGAGGAAAACACAGAGCAUAAAGUCUGUAUUGCAGCAAAACUGUUCAUUUCCGCCGCACGCUUAUAAACGAGCCCCGAUAAUGCAAUGAAAACUGUUUACUUUGCGGAACGUCUCAGGCGCUUACUUUCGGUUCAUUUCGGUGGAGGAGCAGGCGAGCGUCUCCUAGCAACCGGCCGCGCGUUGAUUGGUGCGUCUGGCCGGCGCCAGUUUCAAACGGAGGGGCGGUUGGAAGGCGCAGCCCGACCUUCCGGUCCAGGGGAUCGUCGUCGCCGCCGCCGCCGGCCCGCACCAUUUCUCCGCAGCGAUGAGCCAGGCCGAUUUGGCGGCACGGGAGAACAGGAGGUCGCAGCUGAAGAGGAACUCCUCGGCUCCCUCCAGCACGCCGGAGACGGCAGACGACAGCCUCCGCCGGCCUUCUCUCCGACGUGGAAGCUCCUUCACUUUUCUGACUCCUGGACCAUGGGAUUUUACUCUGAAGAAAAGGAAACGAAGAGCGAAAGAUGAUGAUGUCAUCAGUCUUUGUAGCCUUGAUAUUAAGGAGGGAAUAGCUGGUCCACAGAUUACUUCCAGAAGAACAAAUGAAGGUCAUUGCCUGGACCUGAAACAUAAUUCUUUGGAUGUGAGUUUCAGAUUUGCCUCAACUCCAUGCAUAAGUGUGUCCAUCCAGGAGAGAAGAGGCACAGCUCUACCUUGGCUCAGCAGAUAA